GGAUAUCACUGCUGUUUCCACAGCUUUUCGGAUGUCAUUCCACGCUGCUUCGGGGUGGGCACGACUUACAUGUCUGUCUAACUGUUUUUCCAGUUGUUCCUGUGUAAGGACGGCCCGUCGGUAGACUCUCGGAAGCCCUAAGAAGCCCAGGAAGAGCCGCAGACAUUCCAUCCAAUCACGGCUAGGGGAAUGUUCUAGAAAUGCCAACGUGGAGCUUCUCCAUUGGACGGAUUCGUUUGAUACCUAUGUGCUUAUUGGUUGACCUAAAUGAUAAUUUACUUUCAGCCAAAAACUAUAAAUACACGAGAUUUCUGUGCUAUAUUUUGACACCGUUUGGGGCAAUAAACUUCCUGCUUACCAGUCUUUGUCUUCUCUCUUUGCGUCGUUGCGGGUUCUAUCGUUCAAGUAGUCAAGUAGUUCGCGGCAUAUAAAGAAUCAAGGCUCUAGAUAUAACAACUGGCGACGGGUUAACUUAUCAAGAUGUCUAUUACCUUUGACCAAUUUGAAGCUUUUCUAGAGCGCCAUGAAAAGCGGUUUGAACAAUUCCAGAUGCGCAUGCUCGAAACACUAACCCAGCAGAUGAACCUCAAUAAGAAUGGACUUACAGAUGUUUCUGCCAAAUCGCAUGCUGACUGUAUCAUUGAUUCCAUUCACGAAUUUCAUUUUGAUGGUCUGGCUGGUGUAACAUUCGAGUCUUGGUACAAGAAAUAUGAAGAUGUUUUUAAUGUUGACCUAGAAACUUUUGAUGAUGCCGCCAAGGUCAGGGUGCUACUACGGAAGCUGGGUACCAUUGAACAUGAACGAUAUACUAAUUACAUUCUGCCCAAGAACCCAAGAGAUAUUUCAUUCGAAGAAACAACUAAAAUUUUGUCGCAAAUUUUUGGUGAACAGUCUUCCCUGUUCAAUAUUCGCUAUCAGUGCUUGAAGAUAGUAAAAGCUGGCAACGAUGACUGGGUGCAACAUGCUAGCAUAAUAAAGCGUGAAUGUGAGCGCUUUAAACUAUCAGCAAUGACAGAAGACCAAUUCAAAUGUCUUGUUUUCGUAUGCAGCUUACAGUCUUCAGAAGACGCCGACAUUAGAACCAGAAUUCUAAGUAAAAUUGAACAGUGUCCAAAUAUCACCCUUCAAGAGGUGACUACUGAAUGUCAGCAUCUGGUAAACUUGAAGCAUGACACUUCAAUGGUAGAAAAUAAUGGUCGACUACCUUAUGUACAGGCAGUAAGUGGGAAGCAAAAGCAGAACAUAACCAUUAAGAAGCCUCCAUCCGCAUGUUGGUUUUGCGGAGAGCUGCAUUACAAAAGGUUCUGCCCAUACAGAAACUACCGGUGCACUAGAUGUCAGCUCAAAGGACAUAAAGAAACAUGUUGUAAGAAGAAGAUGCACUGUCGUCCAUCAAGUGUUCAUUUCCGAAGACGUAAAAUCUGUUCAUCAAUCAAUAGAAUAAUGGUAGCACAUACCAGAACAGAACAUAAUCGAAGAAAAUAUGUGACCUUAGAGAUUAAUGGACGCUGUGCUCGUCUACAGCUUGACACUGCUUCAGAUAUUUCACUGAUCAGCCGCAAAACAUGGAGUCAUAUUGGCAAACCCUCGGUGCUCCCUACAACUCAGUUAGCACACAGUGCAUCUGGAGGAAAGUUAAAUAUUGUUGGAGAGAUAUACUAUCCAGUCAGAAAAGGUGAUGUACAGAAUAAUGUGAAAGUAUAUCUCACAGGAAGUCCAGGACUAGAUUUGCUUGGUCUUGACCUAAUCGAAAUGCUACAUCUGGCUGACCAGCCUAUUAAUUAUAUAUGUAGUCGGGUGAAAUCGGGUGUACCCACUGAGCAAAACCUGAGAAACUUGGUCCUCCAGAAACAUAGCCAAGUAUUCACCGAAGAAUUGGGGGAAUGCAGAAAAGUGAAAGCACGACUAACCGUAAGGCCGGGAGCAAGACCAGUGUUCAGACCUAAACGUCCCGUACCUUACGCAGCUCUACCAAUUGUUGAGCAGGAAUUAGAACGACUCCAAAGAAGCGGAAUUAUAGAACCAGUAAAUUUUUCUGAUUGGGCGGCACCAAUAGUGAUUGUUAAGAAACUUAACGGAGACAUCCGGCUAUGUGCAGAUUAUUCUACAGGACUAAACGAUGCACUGGAAGCACACCAGUAUCCAUUGCCAGUACCAGAAGACUUGUUCGCGAAACUGAAUGGAGGAAAGUAUUUUGCAAAGCUAGAUUUAUCAGAAGCUUACUUACAGAUUCCAGUUGCUGAAGAAUGCAAGCAUUAUUUAACGAUAAACACGCAUAAAGGAUUAUUCCGAUAUAACAGACUUCCUUUUGGGGUAAAGACAGCACCCUCAAUCUUCCAACAAGUCAUGGAUACCAUGUUACAGGACAUUCCUGGUACUGCUGCCUAUUUGGACGAUAUACUUAUUAUGGGUACAGAUUAUGCAGACUUGGAUAAAAAACUGGAUACUGUCCUGAAACGGAUAGAGGAUUAUGGUUUCAGAUUGCGUGCUGAAAAAUGCGAUUUCUACAUGGAGCAGGUACAUUAUUUGGGAUUUAUAAUUGACAAGAACGGAAGGAGACCUGACCCGGAAAACAUUAAAGCAAUUAAGACAAUGCCCCCACCAACUGAUGUAACAACCCUGCGUUCUUUCUUGGGAAUGAUUAGCCAUUAUGGUGUUUUUCUACCAGAUCUGCACCGUUGGCGCGCACCGUUAAAUGAUUUGCUAAAGAAGGAUACCAAAUGGGUCUGGUCACGAGAAUGUCAGGAUGCAUUUUCAAAGCUGAAAAAGCUGCUCUCCUCAAAUCUACUGCUUGCACAUUAUGACCCAGCACUCCCUAUCGUACUUGCAGCAGACGCAUCGAACUAUGGAAUAGGAGCUGUGAUCUCACAUAUUUACCCUGACCGGUCCGAGAAAGCCAUUGUCCACGCAUCCAGAUCACUGACAGUGACAGAAAGAAACUACAGUCAAAUAGAGAAGGAGGCACUAGCCAUUAUCUUCGCGGUUAAAAAGUUCCACAAAAUGUUGUUUGGUAGGCAGUUCACAUUAUUAACAGACCACAAACCCCUACUAACAGUUUUUGGGUCCAAGAAGGGUAUUCCUGUUUAUACAGCUAACCGCUUACAGAGAUGGGCAACAACGCUCUUGGGAUAUGAUUUCAAGAUUAAAUACAAUCCUACGACGAAUUUUGGACAGGCUGAUGCACUUUCCAGGCUGAUUAGUUCCCAGACGAAACAUGAAGAAGAUGUACUGGUCGCCGCAGUAGAAGCUGAAGCGGAAGUUCAGGCUGUGUUAACAGAUGCUAUUGCUGCCCUGCCGAUUACAUACGAAAAUAUUAAAGAAGCAAGCAAAAGAGAUAAUACUUUGAAAACUAUCCUCCAUUUUCUACUCAAUAAGUGGCCUUCAGAACGACUGCAAGGAGAGAUUUUACAAUGCUUCCGUCGACGAGAAUCUCUCACAAUUGUCGAUUCCUGUAUCAUGUUUGGCCAACGCGUUGUCAUCCUCAGCACUCGCCGAAGACGAGUACUCAAGCAGUUCCAUAUGGGGCAUCCGGGUAUGAGUAAGAUGAAAUCACUGGCACGAAGCUACGUGUACUGGCCUUCCAUGGACCAAGAGAUAGAACGAUUGUGCCAAACCUGUGAAUCAUGCUUAGAAGCGGCGAAGAACCCAGUGAAAGUAAAACCACAACCGUGGCCGAAACCGGAUGGGCCCUGGCAAAGAUUACACGCGGAUUUCGCCGGCCCGAUACAUGGAAAGAACUUUUUAGUCAUAGUGGAUGCCUAUACAAAGUGGCCGGAAGUAUAUGAAAUGAGAAGUACGACGUCGGAAAACACAAUUUCCAAAUUAUCAAGUCUAUUCGCUUGUUUUGGCGUCCCAGAAAUCUUAGUAACGGACAAUGGUACUCAAUUUGCGUCUUCAACGUUCAAACGUUUUUGCAGCGAAAAUGGUAUACGGCACCUUCAGUUUCCCCCAUACCAUCCCCAAUCCAAUGGACAAGCUGAGAGGUUUGUAGAUACGAUUAAAAGAGCUUUGCUGAAGGGGGGAAGAGAGGGUAACCCGAAACAGGUGGUCAGAAGAUUCCUAAUGACCUACAGAGUCACACCUAACCCGAUGGUGCCAGAAGGGAAGUCACCAGCAGAAUGUAUGUUUGGAAGGAAAAUCCGGACGAUAUUUGACAAAAUAUUACCACCCAAGAAAACAACGAAACCUGAACAAGAGUAUCAGAUGAGCGACCGCAGCUUGAAGGUAGGAGAGAAAGUAAUGGUAAAAUGGUAUCAAGGCGGUCAGAAAUGGAAACUGGGCGUUAUAGAACGGCGGAUUGGGAAGGUACUCUAUUUAGUCCGGACAAGGGACGGGAAGUGUGUCAGACACAUUAAUCAGAUUAGGAAAGAUCAUAGAACAGCGACAGAUACACGACUACCGUUGCACCUGCUGGUGGAUAUAACGCAGGAAAGCCCAGAAGAAUGCCGCAACCAAAGAAAACGUAAAAGUGGAAACGCACAGCCGACAAGGGUGCUGAGUAGAAAAAGGAGAGCAACAGAAAUGUUUCAAGUAGAUCCUAAAAGGAAGUCAUACAUCACAAACUUCAAAGGGGGGAGGUGUAAGGACGGCCCGUCGGUAGACUCUCGGAAGCCCUAAGAAGCCCAGGAAGAGCCGCAGACAUUCCAUCCAAUCACGGCUAGGGGAAUGUUCUAGAAAUGCCAACGUGGAGCUUCUCCAUUGGACGGAUUCGUUUGAUACCUAUGUGCUUAUUGGUUGACCUAAAUGAUAAUUUACUUUCAGCCAAAAACUAUAAAUACACGAGAUUUCUGUGCUAUAUUUUGACACCGUUUGGGGCAAUAAACUUCCUGCUUACCAGUCUUUGUCUUCUCUCUUUGCGUCGUUGCGGGUUCUAUCGUUCAAGUAGUCAAGUAGUUCGCGGCAUAUAAAGAAUCAAGGCUCUAGAUAUAACAUCCUGAAAUAUAUUCUUAGCUUG